AUGGCCUCGGGCAGCGUCUUGCCUCGAGACGCCAAUGGUGACUUCCGCCUUGCUGUUCGUGGCGGUGGUGGUGAUUGGGGUCAUGGAGGUGGUGAUGGUGGUGAUGGUGGUCAUGAUGGUGGCGAUUGGGGCCAUGGAGGUGGUGACGGCGGUCACGACGGGGGUGAUUGGGGUCAUGGAGGCGGCGGUGGUGAAGAGUCCUCGACACCAUGCGAAACUGAUACUCCCACUCCUCCCCCGGUAGAGUCGUCCACGCCUUGUGAGACUGAUACUCCUACCCCUACUCCGCCACCAGAGACAUCGACACCUUGUGAAACUGAUACUCCUACGCCUACUCCUCCCCCAGAGACUUCUACUCCUUGUGAGACUGAUACUCCCUCUCCCACACCAACUCCUCCUCCAGAGAGCUCCACUCCCUGCGAGACGGACACACCUACGCCCACGCCUCCUCCCGAGUCAUCUACUCCCUGCGAGACGGACACGCCUACUCCUACGCCGCCACCUGAGAGCUCUACUCCCUGCGAGACGGACACGCCUACUCCUACGCCGCCACCUGAGAGCUCUACUCCUUGUGAGACGGAUACCCCAACACCUACUCCUCCCCCAGAGAGCUCUACUCCAUGCGAGACAGACACGCCUACUCCUACGCCGCCACCUGAGAGCUCCACUCCUUGUGAGACGGAUACCCCCACACCAACUCCUCCCCCAGAGAGCUCUACUCCCUGCGAGACCUCGACUCCCACUCCUCCUCCAGAGAGCUCUACUCCCUGCGAGACUUCGACUCCUACUCCUCCUCCGGAGAGCUCUACUCCUUGCGAGACUUCGACUCCCACUCCUCCUCCAGAGAGCUCUACUCCCUGCGAGACUUCGACUCCUACUCCUCCUCCGGAGAGCUCUACUCCUUGCGAGACUUCGACUCCUACUCCUCCCCCGGAGAGCUCUACUCCUUGCGAGACUUCGACUCCCACUCCUCCCCCAGAGAGCUCGACUCCCUGUGAAACUUCGACUCCCACUCCUCCCCCAGAGAGCUCAACUCCCUGCGAGACAGACACGCCUACUCCUACGCCGCCACCUGAGAGCUCCACUCCUUGUGAGACGGAUACCCCCACACCAACUCCUCCCCCAGAGAGCUCUACUCCCUGCGAGACCUCGACUCCCACUGCUCCUCCAGAGAGCUCUACUCCCUGCGAGACUUCGACUCCUACGCCUCCCCCUGAGUCGUCCACUCCUUGCGAGACCUCCACCCCUACUCCUCCCCCGGAGAGCUCUACUCCCUGUGAAACUAGCACCCCAACCCCCCCUCCGGAGUCUUCUACCCCGUGCGAGACUGAGACUCCUACUACUCCUCCGCCGGUGCCGACCACUGUCACCACCACCUACACCACUACUACCUGCCCUGUUACUUGGUCUACCGUCACCAGUGGAUCCUCCACCUACACUCAGCCCGUUACUCAGACUAGCACUCUGACCAUCACCUCCGUGGUCACCUGCACUGAGGGCUGCGUUGUUCCCACCAGCGUCCCUGGUACUACUGUCGUGGUUCCUCCCUCGAGCCCUGCUCCUCAGCCAACCUCGCCUGCUCCCGAGGUUUCUCCCGUGCACUCGAGCACUGCUCAGCCCUCUAACCAGGCCAGCUCGACGGCUCCCGCUCCCGCGGCCACCACUUCGCCCAUUUUCAACGCCGCUUCUUCCCAGUACAAGAUGUCUCUGGCAGGCGUUCUCCCCGGCCUGGCCGUCGUCCUGGCGUUGUUCUAA